AUGUCCGACAGUGAAAUUCACAUCGGGAAAGUGGAGGAGGGAGACGAUUCGGGAGCGUUACCCGGUGUACCACCGUCGGUAUCGCUGGCUCCCCCCCCUCCAACGGGCACCACUCGCCGGGAACGGUCUCCGGGCGCGGAGUCGCAGGGCAAACGGGGCUCGUCACGCGACAACUCACCGGGAAAUUCGGGCAAACGGCCGUCGGGCUCAGUCGCUCUUCGGGCAGCGACUCAAGCGGCGCGGAUACGGCUAUUGGGAGCCAUAUUCGAAGCCGCGAAGCUGACCGCCAGCAUGGCGAUCGAAGCGGACUCCUUCUCAACGGCCUGGGAGACUCUUACAGAGCGCUACCAGAACGAUCGGGUUUUGAUCACUUCUCAUCUCGACACGCUCUUCAAAACAGCGGUGAUCACUCCUCGCUCGGCUCGGGAUCUCCACGCGCUCGUACACAGCAUCACUGAGUCGUACAACUCACUUCGGGUGUUGGGCGCUCCUAUAGAGCAUUGGGACUGGGUGCUUGUGUACCUCAUUGCCAGACGUCUCGACCCUGGGACUCGGGAGGCGUGGGAGCUCAGGACCGGCCACGUCGGGUGGCGGGACAACCUCACAAGCUUGUGCCUUCUGCCAGGAGAAGCACUACGUUGCCGUGUGCCCCAAGUUCAGGCAGUUGUCUCCAGAGGCGCGUCGGGGCGAAGUACAGAAACUCAAACUGAGCUUCAACUGCUUGGGCCGGCACAACGUCAACGCGUGCAACAUCGCUACGCGAUGCAAGGAGUGUGGGCGCAAGCACCACACGAUGAUUCAUACCGGGUGGUCCAAAUACGGGGAUGCAGCCAGGGGUACGGGAGCCCCCUCAACAUCGGGCGGCCAGCAGGCCAACUCUGGGGACGCAGGCGCGUCAACAUCGGGUACUUCUCAAUGAGAUACGGCGGCAUUGACUUGCGCAAUUACGGGAAGUGCACGACCAGCGGUGCUCUUGGCGACGAGCCAGGAGCUUCUCAUCACCAACUUCGGAGCUGCUCAUCGGGUACGAAUGCUGCUGGACUCGGGGGUAUUCCUCUAGCGGAUCCAGAUUUCUCAGUUCCGGAUGCGGUGGAUCUCAUACUGGGCGCAGAUGCAUACGGGAAACUGGUACGUUCUCAAAUUCGACGCGGGUCUCCUGAGGAACCCAUCGCACAAAAUACGAUAUUCGGGUGGGCAAUAUUCGGGCCCUGCAACGAAGCUCACAAUUCGUCGGGUUGGGUGCAGCAUGCCGCUGUCGAUCACGGGUUUCAGGCUCUCCAGGACCUCCUCGCGCAAUUCUGGGUGCAAGAGGAGGUGUCAGUGCAGUUCGGAUCGGAUCUCACACCGGAAGAGCAAGAAUGUGAGGCUCACUUCGUUGCUACACAUUCUCGGGACAAUUCGGGUCGAUAUAUCGUUCGGUUGCCUCUUCGGUCGUCCGCAAUCCAGCUCGGUCAGUCGUUCCCUACGGCGCACGCUUGCCUCAAUCGGCUCGUACGAAAGCUCGACCGGGACACUCACUACAAGGGACUUUACGACACAUUUCUCGGGGAGUACGAGUCCCUCGGGCACAUGUCGCGGGUGCGGGACGACGAAGUCGGUCGGGAUCGGGUCUAUUAUCUCCCUCAUCACGGGGUCUUGACGACAAAACUUCGGGUAGUGUUCAACGGGUCGUGUAACACGGAUUCCGGGACCUCAUUAAACGAUCUCAUGCACACGGGCGCCAAAUUACAACGGGACAUUUCGGAUGUUCUCCUCUGGGCGCGACAUCUCAUCGGGAUUUGCACGGCGGGCGGCUUCCCGCUGGCAAAAUGGCAGAGCAACAGUCCGGCUUUACUCACAAAUCUGGGGUUCGGGUCGAGUCCAGAGGAUUCACGCUCAUUCGACGAGUGCGAAACAAAAGUUCUCGGGCUCGCAUGGUUUCCGGGGCCAGACGUCUUCAAAUUCACCUCACUUCCGUACACGGGCGGGCAAAGCAUUACCAAACGGGUCAUACUCUCGGAAAUUGCUCAGAUCUACGAUUCUCUCGGGUUCCUCUCACCGGUGGUCAUUCGGGCAAAAAUCCUUCUACAACGGUUGUGGCUGGAAAAACUCGCUUGGGACGACCCCGUAUCCACGGAGGUCGGGAAAUCAUGGGUCACAUUUCGUCACGAUCUGGCUCACCUCGGGAACAUCGCGGUUCCGCGGUGGCUCAACAUGACCUCGGAUUCCACCGUCGAGAUUCACGGGUUCUCUGACGCCUCACAGUUGGCAAUGGGUGCGGUCGUGUACGUUCGGGUUACGGGUCCGGGAAAGAGCACCAGAACCGCGCUGGUCUGCUCGAAAACGAAAGUCGCGCCGAUCAAACGGCUCACCAUUCCGCGGUUAGAGCUCGCCGCCGCGUUAUUGGUCGCCAAACUCGCGAAAUACGUUCGGGAUACGUUGCAACUCCGGGAUUCGCGGGUAUAUCUGUGGACGGACUCCACAGUCACGCUUACAUGGGUCACCUCUCAUCCUUCACGAUGGAAGGAUUUCGUUCGGAAUCGGGUAUCCUCAAUUCAAGAGCUCAUUCCUCAGGGUCAAUGGAGAUUCAUUCCCGGGCGGGACAAUCCGGCGGAUUGUGCUUCACGGAGACUAACCGUCUCUCAGCUCGAGCAAUUUCAAUUAUGGUGGAACGGGCCACACUGGUUAGUUAAAUCAUCCUCACAUUGGCCAACUCAUUUCACCGGGACGGCAGAUUCAGCGGCGCUCGAAGAGCGGCCAGGUCUUACGCUCACUGUCUCAACGCAACCCUCACCGGUCUUCGACCUCAUUCAUCGGUAUUCCUCCCUCACCAGGCUGUUGAGAAUUACUUCAUUACUUUUCAAGGCGCUUACAAACCUGAAAGGUGCGGGUCAGGAUUCAUCGGGCUCACUCCUCACACCGGGCGACCUGGAACACUCACAACAAUAUUGGGUCAAGGCAAUUCAAGGGGCCUACUUCGCGACGGAGCUCAAGAUUCUCUCGGUGGGUCAAACGCUUCCGAAGUCGCAUCCAUUCACACGACUUACGGCGUUUAUUGAUUUUCACGGGACCAUCCGGGUGGGGGGACGGUUGAAGCUCUCAGCCUUACAACCUGAGAGCAAACAUUCAGCCAUCCUCCCGCGGGACUCACCACUCACGCGUCUACUCAUCUCGGACGCUCACACGCGCACGCUACACGGGGGAACGCAGGCAACUCUGGCGUUUCUGCGCCAGCGGUACUGGAUAAUCGGAGGUCGGGCCCCGGUUCGUUUCUUCAUACUGCGAUGCGUGCAUUGCGCGCGCUUUCGGGCGCAUCGGGCACGGCAACUCAUGGGGCAGCUGCCUUCAACACGGGUCACUCCAGCACGGGCUUUCUUAUUCACCGGCGUCGAUUACGCCGGGCCAGUCUCUCUCAGGAGCUGGCGGGGGCGCGGGCACAAGAAUUACAAAGGCUGGCUGUGCAUAUUCGUCUGCUUCACCACUUCGGCGAUGCAUCUCGAGGUCGUAACUGACUCCACCACUGACACAUUCAUCGCUGCAUUCCGCCCUUUCACCGGGAGACGGGGUCAUGUGCAUCCACUGUACAGUGACUGCGGAAAGAAUUUUCAAGGCGCGGAUGCAGAGUUGCGGAGACUUUUCAACGGCGGGACUCGGGAAUCGCAACAGCUGGCGCAGUUACUGACCAACGACGGGACAAAGUGGGUUUUCAACCCCCCGGGCGCACCUCAUAUGGGCGGGAAAUGGGAAGCAGCGGUGAAAUCGGUCAAGUUUCACCUUCGGCGGACGCUUCGGGAGACCAGCCUCACGUUCGAAGACCUUACAACUCUUCUUACGCAAAUCGAGGCUGCGCUCAACUCACGACCGCUGCAACCACUCUCGGAAGAUCCGGACGAUCUCUCAGUACUCACCCCCGGGCACUUCCUCAUCGGGGACGCACUCACGGCUAUACCUGAGCCAUCACUUCGGGAUGUGAACCUCACUCGGCUGGCACGGUGGCAACUCAUCCAGGAACGGGUCCAAUACUGUUGGGAGCAUUGGUCAUCGGGUUAUCUCCAGCAGCAGCAAUCCAUCUCCAAAUGGCAUCACCCCUCUCACCAAAUCCGGGUUGGUACAAUGGUGCUGCUGACUGACGAGAGUCUACCUCCGCUCAAAUGGCCACUGGCACGGGUGGUCGAGGUUCAUCCGGGACCAGACGGGCUCAUUCGGGUCGUCACCAUUAAGACGGCGACCACGACACUCAAGAGGCCGAUCGCCAAACUAGCGGUUCUGCCAAUUCAUCCGGGAGAAUAA